GUCGGCCUUGGGCCUUGUCUUUGCUAUCUUCGUUACUAUGCUCUGCUCAUAAAUUCAUUUUCCGAGUCGUGUGGCCGUCUUCCGUAUUCCUCUCCUCUGUUUCCAGUGCAUAUUAUCUCAUCAUGUCCGAACAAGAAGCAGCAUCCGAGCCGGUAGAAGUAGAGGAGGAAGCUCCCGAGUUGGUGGAUCCAGCAGUAGAAAUCAGGGAAAAGUGCACCCAAACUAAGGAAUGUGCUGCCCUGUUGGAAAAGUUCAAUGCUUGCAAUGAACGAGUAUCCAGCAAAUCUGCCACAACCGAGACCUGUGUAGAGGAACAAUCAGAUUUUCUCCACUGUGUUGACCACUGUUUUGCCCCCAAGCUAUUCAAACUUCUAAAGUAAAUUGUUUGUUAGUAUGGUAAAACAUUGUUUAAUAGUAUGGUAACAGAAAUGGAAAAUUGAAUUUCAAUUAUCAACAUCUUGAUGGCUGUAGAUUAUACAUAGCAAAUAAAAAUGACGCUGUUACGACACACCCUAA